AUGGACAAGCGCAUGUUUUCUGAAACAAGUCCACCUCCUCAUCCAUUUGUUGAAAUUCGCAUUACAGAAGUAAACCCUACUUUUCCACGAAGAAACCCUACUUUAGAACUAUUUCCGUGUAUGUUUAUACCAACACCUCAACCACUUGUUCAAACUCCUAUUACUGAAGACAAGCCUACUUUAGAACCGAACCUUACUUUAGAACUAUUUACUACUCAAAGAAUUAUUUCAGAACCGGUUAAGAGUCCUGUUCCAGAACCAGAACCGGUUCAGAGUCAUAUUCUAGAACCGGUUCAAAGUCUGGUUCCAGAACCAGAACCAGUUCAAAGUGAAAUUCAGAGCAUGUUUUCUCAACCAGUCCCGCCAUCUCCACCACUGGCUCAAAGUCAUGUUCAAGAACUGGUUCAUCAUCCUAUUCCAAAACCUACUUUGUUUCAGUUUGACAGCCUGUUUCCUCUAUCAAUCCCACCACCACCUCAACAACCAAUCUUGAAUUUUCCUCCUCGGGAACGUGCUCGCCGUGACCAACAAAGUGAAAAACCCGAAACCAUCGAUAUACCUUUCAGAUGGGCUACUAAUCGAAGAGCAAGGGUUCACAGUUUCCAUUAUCUUAUUCAAAAUGAAAUCUUUGAUAUUACAGGAGAUGUUGAGUGCAUGAAAUGCCAAAGAAAAUUCGACAUGUCAUUUGACGUGAGAGAAAGGUUUCCUGAAAUCUCUAACUAUAUUAUGAAUAACAGUCAAGCCAUGGAUGAAAGGGCGCCACCAGAGGUAUGGAUGAAUCCAACGUUGCCUGACUGUAUGCAUUGUAACAAAAAAAACUGCGUGAAGCCAAUCAUUGCUAACAAGAAAAAGAAGAUUAAUUGGUUGUUUUUGUUUCUGGGACAAAUGCUUGGCUGUUGCAAUCUUGUACAGCUGAGAUAUUGCUGCAAAUACAACAACAGUCAUCGAACCGGUGCAAAAGAUAGAGUUGUUUAUUCAGCAUAUCUUGCACUCUGCAACCAACUUCAUUCUAACCACCUUUAA